CUGAAGUCCGGGCUCUUGCGGCAAUGCGAGAAGGAGCUGGAGCAGAAGGGGAAGACGCUGACGGUGAUGUGCGUGGGGGAGAGCGGCGUGGGCAAGACCUCCUUGAUAUCAAACAUCUUGACGGUCCCAAUCUCAAAAGCCCCACCUCCUCCAACAAAACACAUCACCGACAACGAGAUCCGAAUCAAGUGCGAUGGGAUCCCUUUGACCGCCACAUUCAUUGACACCCCUGGGUACGGCGACAUCAUGCAGCUCGAGAAGAGUUUCUACUGCAUCGGUACAUCGCACAUGUACAUUGACCGUCGUCUCGAGAAGGCGUUCCGCAAGGAGAACCGUAGGGUCAGACCUGACAAGUUGGAUCGCUCGUCUGGGGUCGGAGUUGAUGCAGUUCUCUACUUCAUUGCCCCCCACCGUUUGAAGAAAAUCGACCUCAACUUCCUCAAGAUCAUCCAAGGGAGAGCAAGCAUCAUUCCUAUUCUCGCCAAGGCAGACACGAUGACUGAGGCUGAGCUCAAAACCUUCAGGGCACUCGUCGUCAAGCAACUUGCUGACGUUGGUUUUACUUCAUCAUGA